AAGAUGAACUGGCAACUGCUCAUUCUUGGAUUAGUCAUCCUGCCCAUUAAACUAGUAGGGACAUCCUUGUUUCUCAUCUAUUUUCCACAGAUCUUCCCCAGGCCGGGCUCUCAAGGGACCCUCAAUUCCACAACUGAGAGGAACAUAACAGUUCUACAGACUACCCAAGGCCUGCCUAAGACACAACCUGAUUCCAGCACAAUCACAACUACAGCUCGCGACAGAACGGUCAUGUCCCCUUCUACAGCUAAGCCCCUACAGUGGGAGGGGCACCGAGGGAAUUACUACUUAUUUUCUAAAGCCAAAGAGGUCUGGAGUUCCAGCCGAACAGAGUGUGAUGACCAGAGCUCGGAUCUAGUUGUCAUCAGUGACAGAAAAGAGCUGGAGUUUCUUCGUAAUAAAACAAGGGAUGCUGAUUAUUUCAUUGGACUAACUUACUCAGAGAUGGAGAAGAGAUGGUACUGGAUUGACAAGACAGAGCUUACGAGAGACCUAUUUACUCUGAAACCAAACACAUUGGAGUAUGAAAAUGACUGUGCAGUUAUCAGAGCUGGAGAAGUGAGUCCUGCAUCUUGUUACCAACAAAACCAGUGGAUCUGUGAGAAGACAAUGAAAUAACUCUUGUUAUGUUGGGAGAGUCCCAGCACAGGUAGUUUGUGGC